AUGGCAGCUUAUGCAGCUCUCGUUUCUCUCUUGAACAAUAUUCAGCAGAUGAUGAAUCAUCCUACCCUUUCCACUUCUUUCGACAACAUUCAGAUCCAAUCCCUUGAGAAGAAGGCUGCUUUGUUGCUUGAUUUCACAGAGACCUAUAAUUAUGUUGGUGGAGGUAGUGAAGAAGCAGAAGAUCUGGAAAGCCUAAUCGCAUCUGCAGCUCAUACGGCUGAAGAUAUGAUUGAAUCUCACAUCGUCAAUCAAAUCCUUCCUCUAUCAGCUCAUGAUCGAGAAGCGGCUUUGAGUUUCCCGUUGUAUCUAAAGAAAAAAAGGGCAAUUGAAGAGAAAAAUGCACCAGCAGUUGGAAAUGGAUGCUGGAUCAAUUUCAUGCAGCUCAUUAAGAAUCAAUUGGAGAGAAAGAAGAGGCAAUUGAAAAAAAAAACGCACCAAGCAAACCUCAGGUGCUUGGAGUAUCUGCGGCAGAUAAUUGAAGACAUGGAUGCUAUCAUCCAAAAGGCCAAUGAGUUGAAGGACAAACAGAGAUUCACAGAGGAGCAUUCAACACCUCCUCUUACUCUUAGUCUUACUCAGACCAGAGAAGAAACUGCUAUGGUGGGAUGUGGUGAUGAGUUGAUUCAACUUCUCGACCAGCUCACUGGUCAUCGAUCCAAUCGGCAUAUCAUCUCAAUCGUCGGUAUGGGCGGCAUGGGUAAGACUACUCUUGCCAAAAAUAUUUAUUCAAAUCAACUCAUAAUCGAACACUUUGAUAUUCGUCCUUGGGCUACCGUAUCUCAACAAGACAAUGCUAAACAAAUUCUUCAACAACUUCUUUCUGGACAAGAAAAAUCCUCCGAUCAAGAUGUAGAUAAAUUAGGAGAACAAUUGCAUAAAACUUUGUUUGGUAGAAGAUACUUGAUCAUAUUAGAUGACAUAUGGAGUGUUGAAUCUUGGGAUGAAGUGAAUCGUUUCUUUCCCGAUAACAGAAAUGGAAGUCGGAUUCUUCUAACUACUAGGUUGUCAGAUGUGGCUAACAAUUGUGGCUCUUCUUGCUUUCCGAAGAAUCUUCUAGAUGAGAAUGAAAGUUGGGAAUUAUUCUGUAAGAAGGCAUUCCAAAAUGAAGAUUGUCCCACUGAACUAGAGGAAGUUGGAAGGAAGAUUGUUAAAUUAUGCAAAGGACUAGCAUUGUCCAUUGUUGUGAUUGGUGGGAGUCUCCUAAAGUCUCCUAGGACAGUAGGAUAUUGGAAGAGUGUUGCCAAAGAUAUAGAAUCGAGUCCCAACUCAAAAGCGAAAGAAGAAAGCUUAGAUGUAUUGUUAUCAAGUUAUAACCACUUGCCUCCUCAUCUAAAGCCUUGCUUCCUUCAUAUUGGAGUUCUUAAGCAUAUAAAUUAUGCAAACCUCAAUAUUUUGAGAAUCAUCCAACUUUGGGUUGCUGAGGGAUUUUUGAAAUCAAAUGGAGGCCGAGUUUUGGAAGAGAUUGCAGAGGAUUACUUGAAGGCACUUGUUGAUAGAAAUCUGAUAUUGGUCAGCAGACGAAGUAAAAAUGGGAAGAUGAAAAGUUGUGAUAUUCAUGAUCUUUUAAGAGACCUGUGCUUAAAAGUGGCGGAGCAACAAGGGUUUUUUCAUGUGAUCACUCAAGGCCCUGUACUAGGCACAGAACGUCGCCUCACAUACGUCGGGAGGGAAACUGCCACACCCCUACUCGCACGCUCUAUCAUGGACUUUGUUAUUGACGAGCAGGAGUGUUAUAAACAUAGAUUGUUAAGAAUUGGGCAUGCGCUCCGUGACACAGCAGUUGAAGAAUCAUUAAAUGAGCAUGUUAACUUGCGCUACCUUGCUUUGUUGGGAUCUGGUUACAGGGUUGUGUUGCUUCCUAGUUCAGUAUCCUUGGCAUGGAAUCUGCAAGCUUUAAUCUUUGACAAAUAUUCAUCGGAAGUUGUUGCACCAAUUGAAAUAUGGAAGAUGCGGCAGCUUAGGCAUAUCAAGUGUCGUCGAAUUUAUCUUCCUCAUCCUGACGGACAAGAUGAGUUGUUAAUCUUGGAACAUUUUCAGAGUCUUGGGAAAGCAGUGAAUUUGAGGUUGAGUGAGGAUGUGUGCAACAUCAUUCCCAACAUCAAGAAAUUACAUCUUGAAUAUGAUGGUAGGUUGGAAGGAUUCGAUGAUAGUUUGAAGAAGUGUUUGUGUAACCUUGAUCGCUUGCAUAAACUUGAAUCACUCAAACUGAGAGGCGACAGUGGGUGGUGGGUUUAUGAGAUGAAUGAGAUGCUCACAUUUCCCAGUUUGCUAAACAAGUUGAGCUUGAAGUAUUUCGAAUUUGAAUGGGAUGAUGAUCUGAGAAUGAUUGGUUCGCUGCCCAUACUGGAAGUUCUCGAGGUAGCAAGUAACUGGAAUUGCAGCACGUGGAGUCCUGUUGAUGGGCAAUUUCAACGCCUCAAGUUCUUGAGAUUGUAUAGUUGUGAUCUGAGAUGUUGGAAUGCAGAUAGUUGUCAUUUCCCAGUUCUGGAGAAGCUUGUUCUAAAUUUUCUACUUUACUUGGAAGAGAUCCCAUGGGGUAUUGGUGACAUACCAACACUCAAACUUAUUCAUGUGGAACUCUGUAGUAACUCUGCCGCGAUUUCAACAAUCAAAAUAAAAGACGAGCAACUCGAGUGUCAGGGCAAUGAUGACCUUCAAAUCCAAAUUCGCGUCCACAAUUAUAAACUGGAGAGUUUCAUGGCAAUGGUGGAAACAGAGGGCUUGACACUCAAUAAUGUUCAAUUUCAUCAAUAUGAUUGA